AUGGCCUCUAACUCACCCCAAGAGCUUCAGCCUGCGUCUGCCGCAGUAGACCAUGAGGAUCUGAAGAUACCGCUGAUCGACUUUGGUCCCUUCUUCACAGGGACCCCGUCCGAUAAGCAUGCCGUUGCUCUCUCCGUGACGGAAGCAUUCAAGACAUCCGGCUUCGUCUACCUCAAAUCCCAUGGAAUCCCACCCUCCGUGGUAUCCAAAGUCUUUGCAUCAUCUGCGCGCUUCUUUGCCCGCCCCCAGAGCGAAAAGGAUUCUUUAAGUUGGAAGUCUCCACAAUCGAACCGUGGUUACGUUGCUAUCGGACGGGAGAAGUUAAUCACCGUCGACGACACAGAUGGCGUCGAUACUCUGCGUUCAUCUGCGCCAGAUAUUAAAGAGACCAUGGAAAUCGGUCGGGAGGGAGUGGAGGGUCUGCCCAAUCGCUGGCCUGACCAUCUGGAUGACGAAGGGAAGGAGUUCAAGGAGACCAUGCAGUCUUUCUUUGAAAUGGGCCAGACCCUACAUAAGCAAAUCAUGCAGGCCAUUGCAUUGGGCAUGAAUCUACCGGAGCAUUUCUUCGACGACUUUAUUAAUGAUGGAGACAAUAACCUCCGUCUGCUUCACUACCCUCCCGUUAGCAAGGAAGUCUUCCACAAAAACCCUAAUCAAGUUCGUGCGGGAGAGCACAGUGACUAUGGGUCCGUCACCUUGCUGUUCCAGGACCGACACGGUGGACUGCAGGUGCGCAGCCCUAAAGGAACCUUUGUUGACGCGACACCCAUUGCUGAUACUAUUGUUGUCAAUGCUGGGGAUCUGCUUGCUCGUUGGUCCAAUGACACCAUCAAGAGUACCCGUCAUCGGGUGAUUCAGCCGCCCAUGGGUGUGGGCGAGGACUCUGGAGAUGAGACUUCAGAUGAGUACCCUGCACGAUAUAGUGUGGCGUAUUUCUGUCAGCCAAACCUCGACAAGGUUAUCGAGACACUACCAGGAACUUAUGGCGAGGAGACCCAAGUAGAAAAGAAAUACUCGGCUAUCACUUCGGGCGAGUACCUCCUCCAACGAUUGACAGCGACCUACUGA